GCACACUGGCUCAGCUCAACCGUGAGUGUCCGGCGUCCUUCCACCCUUUAUAUACUCGGAUGGGAGCACGGGAAGAAGCAGGAGACCGGCGGGAGGAGGAAGAGAGGAGCUGCAGAGCGAGCAGAGGAGGAGGAGUGGAGAAGAAGAAGAUCAGUCGAUCGCAGCCAAGGGACCGCGCCAAGAGAGGGAAAGAAUGGGGGAGGCGCCGUGCGUCGUCUUCGGGCCUCGUCGCGCCGCCGCGCCGCACUCGUUCCGCCUGGCCCGCCACGGGCGCCGGAAGGUCCACGUCGUCCGGCUCGGCGGCGGCCCCGGCGCGCGCGCACCGGCUGCGCGCCGAGGGUUCCGGCUCCGGCGGUGGCUGCGGCGCGCGGCGUGGCGCCUCGCGGAGCUCUGCGUGGCGGCGCUGGCGGGCCACCACCCGGCGGGGGCGCCGCCGCCCUGCGCCCACCCGCCGUGGACGGGCGUGGAGCCCUACUUCGCCGCGCCCUUCGUCCCCGUCGCGCGGAUGAAGCGCGCCGCCGCCGGCGCGCAGGCCUAGCUCGAGCUCGUCUGGCGGCCGCGUUCGCCACGACGCGCGCGGGACUGACGCGUUAGUUGCCGGCGACGCCGCGUCGCGCCGCCGUGCGGUGAACUCUAGAGACCGCGCGUGCAUGGUGUGGUGUUGUGCGCGUCUGACAGCAGGUGGAUCACGCGCAGGAGCGCACUGUGCUAUCUUCGUCCUCGUUCUUCUUCUUUUCUUCUUCUUUUUUUUGCUUCUUAAGGCAACGAAGAAGCAUCUGCAGCUAGCAGUACUGCGGAACAGUGCGCUGCUGCAGCUCCAAUCAUGGGCGUUACUCACAGAUUAUUAUUUUCGGCCGGUUCCUUAAUGUAGCUUAGAAAGAAAAAAAGUAGGCCAAGCCACAUACCUAUAUUGUUUGUACUUUUGUACUGGCUGCUGAUCAAUAUCGACGCAAGACUAUAGCUGGUUUCUGUUCU